AUGGUUGCUCGGUCCGGAUAUCACGUCAAAACUCAAUCGCUUCACCCCCACGUGACGUUAUCUAACUCUGUAGUAGUCUUAAUCCAGCCGCAUGAAAAUCUCCACCCACUCUGCAACUACAGCAUGGACAAUCUGGGACGAUAUGACGUUCCCCCGGAUGUUUCGAUGACGGCUGGAGACGAGCAGACCGACACAGAUGCCAACGCACGACUCGUCCGCUUCUCAGUAACACAGAAACCACCCACCCCCAAAACCUUGUCAGAUCAAGAUCUUCUGGAACGGGCAGCAGUGGCAGCUUUGGCUGUGGGCACCAGACGAGCGGUCAAGAACUCCGAGGCCGAAAAUAACGACACUCUGUACAUUCAGAGCCCGGGGUUCACCCCUGGAGCCACUCCCUCCGUUUCCAGAGGCGUCUCUCCCCGACCUGUACACUCUCCAGGUAAAGGACACUCGCCAAAGCCUUCAAUUUCCAGACAGAAUUCUCCCAGACCUUUGGAAAACAAAUCGACCGGCCGCAUCUCUUUCCGCCUGCCGUUUGCAGAAACAUACUCAUGGAAACACCCUGAGUACGCCUUCACCCGCCACUCACGAACGUUUCUAUGCGGUUACGACACCCAUAGCUACUCGCAGAACGCUAUGGACUGGUUGCUGGGAGAACUGGUGGAGGACGGCGACGAAGUGGUGGCUCUACAAGCGGUGGACACAGAUGCUCGUGAGGAGGCAGAGCAGACGCUUAACUCGCUGGUGGAACAAAUUCUGAUUCAGUAUGGCAAAAAGAUCUCCAUAGUGCUAGAGUAUGCCAUUGGCAAGUUUCAGCAAGUACUGGAUCGCACUAUCGAAAUCUACGAGCCCAGUAUUCUUGUUGUUGGCACCAAGGGACGCAAGAAGGUCGGAUUUCAGGGCCUGAUUCCGGGCUCGGUAUCUCAAUACUGUUUGCAGCACUCACCCAUUCCUGUCAUUGUUGUGAAGCCGCACCAGAAACGGGCCAAAACUAGAGCAAAGCGAGCCACCAAAAACAAGAGAGCUUACAUGGAGGUGCUCCAAGGUGGGGGUGAGUGUUUCAUUGAGGGGGGUGACUGGGUCAUGUAUAACGAGGCUGCUACGGUCUCGGAUAUAGGGACACGACAGGCUCCUGUGAUGCCCUCGGGAUGGAACCAGGGCUAUGAAGAUGUUAGGCUGGAUGGAAGAGCCCGGAGAAAUUCUCUGUAA